AUGAAUGAAAAAACUGUUGACAAAUAUAAACUCUUAACGACAGAUCUUUUAGGAGUAGGAUCAUUUGCUAAAGUAUACAAAGGAAUUGAUACUACCAAUAAUAGAUAAGUUGCAAUUAAAAUGCUUCCAAAAUACAAUAUUCUAAAUGACAAAUAUUUGAUGGAAGGAUUAAGAAGAGAAUUAUCAGUAAUGCAAAAACUAAGAGGAAAUAAUGUAGUUCGUUUAUUAGAUACUCUUGAAUCACAAAAUAAUUAUUAUAUAGUUUAAGAAUUCUGUAAGGAUGGAGAUCUAGGAACUUAUCUUAAAAAAUAAUAAUAUCUAACUGAAGUUGGAGCUAUUCGUAUAUUAACAGAUAUCUUAAAUGGUUUCAUUGAAUUAUUAUAAUAAGGAAUUAUUCAUAGAGAUUUGAAACCUGCUAAUAUUCUUGUUCAUCAAAAUACUUUUAAAUUAGGAGGUAUUUUUAUUAAUUUAUUAGAUUUCGGAUUUGCUAAGUGUAUAUCAAAUUUCUAAAGAGAUGUUAUGGAAUCUGUUGUUGGAACUCCACUUUAUAUGGCACCAUAAAUAUUAAUGAGAGAAACAUAUACUAGUAAAUGUGAUAUAUGGUCUAUUGGAUGCAUUUUCUAUGAAUGUAUUUUUAGGAGAACUCCAUGGAUUGCUAAUAGUGUACCUUAAUUACUCAAUACUAUUUUGAAAUAUCCUGUCUAAUUUCCUUCUUAUAUAUCAAUGGAAGCUAAAGAUUUUAUAUUGAAAUGUCUUGAAAUUGAAGAAGAUAAACGAAUGGGAUGGAAUGAUCUAUAUAGACAUCCAUUAAUAUAUUAAAAGUUCAAGGAUCAUGUUGAUAAAGUCAUUAAUAUGGAAGCUUAGGCAGAAUUCAUUAUUAAUGAAUUAAGAUAGAUGAUAGUUGUUAAAUAAAUUGACUUGCUUGAAACAUUUAAAAAACUUUAAAUUUAAGAUAAUUAAUUCUUAACUUUUAAAGAAUUGUAAAUGUUAUUAAAUGAAAUCGAUCCUAAACUCAAUCGUCAAUAAAUAGAAUUUGUUUUUAAUAUGAUUGAUGUAGACAAAACUAACUUAAUUAAUUUCCUAGAAUUUUAAAGAUGUUUACAAUAGCAUAAAGUUAGAAUAAGUCUACAAGAAAUUAAACCUGAUAUUAUUUAUGAAAAUAGUCCAUUAUUAUAAACACCAAAAUGGAAAUAGGAGUUUAAAAAAAUUAAAGAUAAAAUAGAAGAGGAAGAUAAAAGCUUAGUUAAGCUAUUCAGAUAAUAUGAUUCUGAUUGCAAUUAAGUACUCGAUCUAGUUGAAUUUGUCAAGUUUCUCAGGUAACCUUUUUUUAUUAUAUAAUUAUUAGAUUUUUUAAUUCGAAAAUUAGUAAUGAAGAUGCUAGUUUGAUAUUCCAACAUUUUGAUAAAAAUUGCAAUGGAGGAAUUGAUUUUUUAGAAUUUAAGUAAACUUUCGAAUCUUAAAUAUGAUGCAAUUUUAAAAUAGGA